CGUUUCCAUCGUCCCCAACGUCAUCCUCUCCGUUCCCAAUCAUCCCUCUAAAUCCUUUUCAUCUACUAAACAUCCCAAGUUCCGUUCUGGUAUCAAGUACAGUGCAAAAUUCAGUCAUAAACAUCUCGCAUGAGUCAAAGCAAAGAUGUAUCUCCCAUCAUUCUCCACAGCACUCGCAGACUCGGCCUUUCCAUUCAACUGGAUUCACGACGCCAUGCGUUUAUUCGUCAUCUAUCUAGCUGCGUUCUUUACCACUAGUCCCCAGUCUAUCGAGGCCCAGGGUAGUAAUAGCAGUGGGGAAUAUCUGAUCGGGCUUGGCAUCGGAGAUGUUACUGGCCCAGUCGUCGAGACAAACAUGAUGGGUUAUGCAUACUUACCACAAACUGACACUGGCCUCCACAUGCGCCAACGCAGCCGCGCAUUUAUAGUUGCCGACGCCUCAAACCCGUCUGAACGUGUUCUUUUCAUUAACUCUGAUAUCUGUAUGGGCGACACCGGAAUCCGACGAACCAUUCUUUCCUCUCUUCAAUCAUCCUACGGGGACCUCUACACGGCCGCUAACACUGCCCUCGUCGGAACUCAUGCCCACAGCGGCGUCGGUGGUUAUCUCGAGAACCUCCUCCCACAAGUCACUUCCCUCGGAUACGUGAACGCGACCGCAGCCGCCAUAGUCUCCGGCACCCUCAAAGCCAUCGCAGACGCGCACAACUCACUUGUUCCGGGUAAUCUGAAGGUCGGAAAUACGACAUUGCUCAAUGCGAAUCGGAAUCGGAGUCCAAGUGCGUAUUUGGCGAAUCCGGAGUGGGAAAGAGCGAUAUAUGAAGGAAAUCAGGACACGACGGUCACGGUUUUGGGCUUUGAGAAUGCGGAUGGAGAUGCGACGGGGUUGCUGAGCUUUUUUCCGGUGCAUGGGACAAGUUUAUAUGAGAACAAUACCCUGGUGAGUGGUGAUAACAAAGGCAUGGCAGCGUGGAUGUACGAAUCAUACAUCGAGCCUUCCUCAAUGCCUGGCAACAACUCCUUUGUUGCAGGGUUUGUACAAUCCAAUGUGGGUGACACCACCCCGAAUACCCUGGGCGCCUACUGCGAAUCACCCGGAAAACCAUGGGAUGGCCAACCUUGCGAGUUUGAGCAUUCGACAUGUGGUAAUCGAACCGAAGACUGUCACGGACGGGGUCCCGGCUUCAACAUAUCGGAUUUUGAGUCCAAUAGGAUAAUCGGGCAGGCACAAUUUGAAGCAACACGAACUGUGAUGGAAGGCAGCAAUAUGACUGCUGUGAGCGGGAGUGUGAAGAGCGUGCACAUGUACCUUGAUAUGACGAAUUAUUCGUUUACAUUGCCAAAUGGGACGCUUGCGAGAACAUGCCCCGCUGCUCUUGGUUACUCUUUCGCGGGCGGAACCACUGAUGGUCCCGGCGCAUUCGACUUCAUCCAAGGAGACAACUCCUCUCAAUCUCAAAACCCCUUCUGGGAAGUCGUCAAAAGAUUCAUCACCCCGUCCCCGUCAGAAGAACAGAUCGCCUGUCACUACCCCAAGCCCAUAUUACUGAAUUCGGGAUAUAAUCAUCAGCCGUACGACUGGUCGCCCGGGACGGUGGAUGUGCAGAUGCUGAGGGUGGGGCAAUUCGUGAUUCUUGUGAUGCCAGGGGAGCUGACCACUAUGGCGGGGAGGAGAAUGAGGAACGCACUGAGGGCGAAGCUAAUUGCGGAGGGUGUCCUGGACGAUAGGGCGUAUGUGGUGAUCGCGGGUCCUGCAAACACUUAUGGACACUACAUCACGACGCGCGAGGAGUAUGGCGUGCAGAGAUACGAAGGUGCUAGUACGAUAUUUGGACCUGCUACGCUCGACGCGUAUAUCCACCAGUACAGCGAGCUCGUUCCGUAUCUCGGGGAUAGUGCUACUGGGAUGCCGUCGUCGAAUGCAGCUCCUCCGGAGCAGACGAGUAAGGCGAUCUCGUUACAGACCUCGGUGGUCGUUGACAAUCCUCCCAUCUUCAAGCACUUUGGAGAUGUCCUUAUUGAUGUCGAGAGCAGCCCGUAUCACGCGGGAGACACUGUAGGUGCGCAAUUCGUCGGGGCUAACCCAAGGAAUAAUCUAAGACUAGAGGGGACAUUCCUCACAGUCGACAGACAGACGAACAAUGAGUGGGUGGUAGUGAGGACAGACUCACAUCCUUCGACAACGUACCAAUGGAAUCGGACGAGCAAGGUACUUGGCACGAGUACGGUCGAUAUACGAUGGACCAUUGAGGAUGGAACGCCAGCGGGGACGUACCGAAUAACAUACUACGGCGAUUCAAAAUCGCUCUUGGGUAGUAUAUCGGCGUUCACGGGCGAAUCUUCGACUUUUACUGUGGGAUGAAUCUCCAUAUCAGAUCGAGGCGGUGAUUUUGACUUGUUUUUGUUCUAGGACAAUUUUUGUUUUACUGCUACUACUAUGUCGUCAUAUUGGAUUAUAAUAGCGUUAUUAGCAUGUCUCGACGGCGGGGUACCUCGUGUAUCAUGAUUACCGAAUAGUUUCGAUUCACUAAGACUCAAGGCGG